ACAACCACAUCAACACCUGAAAAUAUGACAACCACAUCAACACCUGAAAAUAUGACAACCCCAUCAACACCAGAAAAUGUGACAACCACAACAACACCAGAAAAUGUGACAACGACAACAACACCAGAAAAUAUGACAACCGCAUUAACAUCAGAAAAUAUAACAACCACAUCAACACCAGAAAAUAUGACAACGACAACAACACCAGAAAAUAUGACAACGACAACAACACCAGAAAAUAUAACAACCACGUCAACACCAGAUAAUAUGACAACCGCAUCAACACCAGAUAAUAUGACAACCACAUCAACACAAGAAAAUAUGACAACCACAUCAACACCUGAAAAUAUGACAGCCACGUCAACACCUGAAAAUAUGAUAACCCCAUCAACACCAGAAAAUAUGACAACUCCAUCAACACCAGAAAAUGUGACAACUACAACAACACCAGAAAAUGUGACAACGACAACAACACCAGAAAAUAUGACAACCACAUCAACAUCAGAAAAUAUAACAACCACAUCAACACCAGAAAAUAUGACAACCACAUCAACACCAGAAAAUAUGACAACCACAUCAAAACCAGAUAAUAUGACAACCACCUCAACAUCAGAAAUUAUAACAACCACAUCAACACCUGAAAAUAUGACAACCACGUCAACACCUGAAAAUAUGAUAACCCCAUCAACACCAGAAAAUAUGACAACCCCAUCAACACCAGAAAAUGUGACAAACACAACAACACCAGAAAAUGUGACAACGACAACAACACCAGAAAAUAUGACAACUGCAUCAACAUCAGAAGUUAUAACAAUCACAUCAACACCUGAAAAUAUGACAACCACGUCAACACCUGAAAAUAUGAUAACCCCAUCAACACCAGAAAAUAUGACAACCCCAUCAACACCAGAAAAUAUAACAACCACAUCAACACCAGAAAAUAUGACAACCACAUCAACACCAGAUAAUAUGACAACCACCUCAACAUCAGAAAAUAUAACAACCACAUCAACACCUGAAAAUAUGACAACGACAACAACACCUGAAAAUAUGACAACGACGACAACACCAGAUAAUAUGACAACCCCAUCAACAACAGAAAAUGUGACAACCACAACAACACCAGAAAAUGUGACAACGACGACAACACCAGAAAGUAUGGCAAACACAUCAAUACCAGAAAAUAUAACGACCACGACAGAAAUCUCUACAACAGGAACUCACGAAGAGUUAUUGGAGAGGCGGUAUUAUUUAUUUAACCCAUGGAAAAAUGGCGAGGAUACAAAAGCGGGAAUAGUGAAUCCUGAUGCUCGCCGAAUUGUUAUCCAGUCCAUGUUGCGCUCUUUAAGGUUGGUACUUAAAGGCUUCGUACCACCAUCUAAUCGUUUUCUUGUUUUACUGUUUUUAAAAAAAAUCCGGGUGGAUAUCUUCGCCUUGUUUUUCCUUCACUCUAUAAUUCUUUUUUCGUCUACUACUACUUUCGUCCAGCUGGAUAAGAAUAAACAUUUUUCCUCUUUCGACUUGAACGUGUUUUGUCUUAUCGAACCCCUAUCAAUUAAUGCCUCGAAUAAGCGCCGCAUUUACAGUCUAAGGUGCGGCGCUUAUUCGACGGCGGCGCUUAAUCUAGGAUUUACGGUAUUGAGUAAACGACCACGCUUUCAAAAUGGCGGAAAAAGAAGUUAUGCAACUCAAAGUGUGAACGUUUUGUUUAUUAAAACAUCUAUCACUGAAGCACAGUUUAUCAUUUUCAAGCAGGAUCGAGAAAACGUCUUGUCCAUAGAUGUCUUGACGGGCUCCUACAGACAUUCAUAUUGUAAAUGGCUUCACGAAAAUAAAUACCAAAGAAGGAUCAACAGCUCCGUAAUCAUUGACAAGUUAAAAUGGCGCGAUAGUGGUACAGUCUGUAAUCACUUGCGGAAACGAAUUUCAAAAUUUGUCACCUUGCUCAAAAUAGACAUUGGAAGGGUUGCAUUUAGUGAGGAAAUAAGAUGCAAUUUUAAACUUGUCAUUAUCCAAUGGGCAAUCAAUACAAUUGCGGAUGAAAUCUUAUUAAACACCUUGAACAAAAUUGUUGUUUUAAAAGUUGCUUAUAACGCAGCAAUACUUCUCUCCCCACCCCCUCCCCUCCUGGGUAGCGAAGGCAUCAUUGAAGUGGAAGACGAGGGGGAUUUUGAAAUUUCGCAUAUUGAUUUAACAAUGUUGCAUAAAGCUUUAUUUAUUUUCAUUUACAUGUCGUCUUUGAUAACUGAGAUAGAUAGUAUACCCUUACAUUAUUCGAAAGCAGCAUGCCAUCCUUUAUGUGGUUAUUUGUUUUGGCACCGCGCAGGAGUAUGUCAGUCUACAGGCCGUUGCUUAUGCUGGUGGGGAUGGACAGGUCCAAAUGGUGUUUAUGUUGAUGAUGGAGAACUGCAUAAUAGAAUACUAGCUGAUUAUUGUAUUGAACCAUGCCAUUUUACACAUGACUACAGAAAUCCUCAUUGUAUCUACAGAAAAUUAUCAAGUACCACCACCACAACAACAACGACGACAAAACGUACAACCACAACAAUGACGACGACGACGCCAGAACCUACGACAACAACGACUACACCAGAACCUACGACAACAACGACUACACCAGAACCUACAACCACAACGACGACAACACCAAAACCUACAACGACAACAACAACAACGACGACGCCAGAACCUACAACGACAACAACGACAACAACGACGACGACAACGCCAGAACCUACAACGACAACGACAACACCAGAACCUACAACAACAACAACAACGACGACGACACCAGAACCUACAACAACAACGACUACGCCAGAACCUACAACCACAACGACUACGCCAGAACCUACAACCACAACGACAACACCAGAACCUACAACAACAACAACAACGACGACGACGCCAGAACCUACAACGACAACAACGACGACGACGCCAGAACCUACAACGACAACGACAACACCAGAACCUACAACGACAACAACAACGACGACGACGCCAGAACCUACAACGACAACAACGACGACGCCAGAACCUACAACGACAACAACGACUACACCAGAACCUACAACAACAACGACGACACCAGAACCUACGACGACGACGACUCCCGAACCUACAACAACAACAACAACACCAGAACCUACAACCACAACGACUACGCCAGAACCUACAACGACAACACAAGAACCUACAACGACAACAACAACAACGACGACGCCAGAACCUACAACGACGACGACGACGCCAGAACCUACAACGACGACAACCACGCCAGAGCCUACAACAACGACUACAACGACUCCAGAAACUACUACAACGACAACAACAACAACAACAACGACACCGAAACCUACGACGACGACAACGACGACGACACCAGAACCUACAACGACAACACCAGAACCUACAACGACAACGACAACACUAGAACCUACAACAACAACGACAACAACAACGACGACGACGCCAGAACCCACAACAACACCUUAUCCGACAACAACCACAACGGAAGAAACAACAACGAACGAUGCAUACUACAGAAGUAAGUAUUGUUUUGUUAUCUUCAUCGGAAAAACAAAAAAUCUGUUGAUGAAUGAAAUAUACAGAAGUUUAAUGUGCAUCUUGUUUCACGGAUAUCAAGAAGAAUUGUUAGGUAAAAUGAAGAUUUCCUUUCUUAUGAUCGUGUUGUUUUGCAUCGUUUGUCAUUGCAAGUCAAAGAUCUCCAAAUUUGGAAAAAGAAAAGGUAAAAGAGCAGCUGUAACUACAAAAGUCAUCGCAUGGCCUUGUCACUACAGGUGCGGAUGGCGCUACUGGAAAGCUGUAGGUAAAUGCUUGACUUCUGGGCGUUGUUUAUGCUGGUGGGGAUGGACUGGACCAAAUGCAGUUUACAUUGAUGGAGGGAAAUUCAACAACAGGAUAAUUGCUGAUUAUUGCACACUUCCUUGUUUCCAUACCCGGGAUUACAGAAGCCCAAGAUGUGCAGGUACUUUGGUUACAGCAGUUGCACCAAUGUUAAGCCCAAACACAACACAAGCUACCCCGAAAACGCCUCUCGAGUUAACAACCACCACUCCUUACAUUUCAUCAACAUCUUCUACAACAACAACUUUGCAAAAUACAGCAUUGCCUGCUGAGACAUCAAUAGCUACUGAGAAUACAUCAAAGGUAUCACUAACUCCCACCUAUAGCCCUCAACAGACCGCCAAUACCACAUUAACGGCAACAGCAAAGGAAACAACAUCUCCAACAUCUGCACCCUUUACAGUUACCUCAAAGAAUGACUCUUCAGUCCUAUCAACUGUACCACCAUCUGGCACCAGUACAACAGUAGCACCCAUGUCUAUUAAAACUAUUACAUCCUAUCCAAUAAAAUCGACCACGCCUAAAAUUAAUGGAAAAUCAUCUGCUAUGGAAUCAACACGUUCAAAGAAUGAGUCCUUAUUCUCAUCAACUGUACCACCAUCUGGCACCAGUACAACAAUAGGAGCACCCUUGUCCACUGAAACAACGACUACAUCUAAUCCAAUUACACCGACCGCAUCCACCACUAAUGGAAAAUCAUCUACUAUAGAGUCAACGCGCUCGAAAAGUGACACGUCAUUCUCAUCAACUAUACCACCAUCUGGCAUUAGUACAACAGUAGCACCAUUGUCCACUGAAACAACUACAUCCAAUCCAAUUAAAUCGACCACAUCCACAACUAAUGGAAAAUCAUCUACUAGGGAAUCAACGCGCUCCAAGACUGAAUCGUCACUCUCAUCAAGUGUACUACCAUCUGAUGCUAGUACAACAGUAGCACCAUUGCCCCCUGAUACAACUACAUCCAAUCCAAGUAAAUCGACCGCAUCCACCACUAAUGGAAAAUCAUCUACUACAGAAUCAACGCGCUCGAAAAGUGACUCGUCAUUCUCAUCAACUGCACCACCAUCUGAUACUAGUACAACAGUAGCACCAUUGCCGACUGAUACAACUACAUCCAAUCCAAGUAAAUCGACCGCAUCCACCACUAAUGGAAAAUCAUCUACUACGGAAUCAACGCGCUCGAAAAGUGACUCGUCAUUCUCAUCAACUGUACCACCAUCUGACGCUAGUACAACAGUAGCAUCCUUGUCCACUGAAAAAACUACAUCAAAUCCAAUUAAAUCGACCGCAUCCACCACUAUUGGAAAGUCAUCUACUACGGAAUCAACGCAUUCGAAAAGCAACUCUUCAUUCUCAUCAACUGCACCACCGUCUGGCACCAGUACAACAGUGGCACCCUUGUCCACUGAAACAACUACAUCCAAUCCAAUUAAAUCGACCACAUCCACAACUAAUGGGAAAUCAUCUACCAUGGAAUCAACACGCUCCAAGACUGCAUCGUCACUUUCAUCAAAUGUGCCACCGUCUGGCACCAGUACAACAGUAGCACCCUUGUACGCAGAAACAACUACACCCUAUCCAAUAAAAUCGACCGCAUCUACCACUAAUGGAAAAUCAUCCACUAUGGAAUCAACAAGUUCAAAAACUAAGUCGUCACUUUCAUCAACUGUACCACCAUCUGGCACCAGUACAACAGUAGCACCCUUUUCCACUGAAACAACUACAUCCAAUCCAAUUAAAUCGAUCACAUCCACAACUAAUUGGAAAUCAUCUACCAUGGAUUCAACACGCUCCAAGACUGCAUCGUCACUUUCAUCAACUGUACCACCAUCUAACAUUAGUACAACAGUAGCACCAUUGCCCCCUGAUACAACUACAUCCAAUCCAAGUAAAUCGACCGCAUCCACCACUAAUGGAAAAUCAUCUACUACGGAAUCAACGCGCUCGAAAAGUGACUCGUCAUUCUCAUCAACUGCACCACCAUCUGAUACUAGUACAACAGUAGCACCAUUGCCGACUGAUACAACUACAUCCAAUCCAAGUAAAUUGACCGCAUCCACCACUAAUGGAAAAUCAUCUACUACGGAAUCAACGCGCUCAAAAAAUGACUCGUCAUAUUCAUCAACUGUACCACCAUCUGACACUAGUACAACAGUAGCACCCUUGUCCAUGGAAGCAACUACAUCAAAUCCCAUUAAAUCGACCGCAUCCACCACUAUUGAAAAGUCUUCUACUUUUGAAUCAACGCACUCAAAAAGUGACUCGUCGUUCUCAUCAACUGUACAACCCUCUGGCACCAGUACAACAGUAGCACCCUUGUCUAUUGAAACAACUACAUUAAAUCCAAUUAAAUCAACCACGCCUAGAAUUAAUGGAAAAUCAUCUGCUAUGGAAACAACACGCUCCAAGACUGAGUCGUCAUACUCAUCAACUGUACCACCAUCUAACACUAGUACAACAGUUGAACCCUUUUUACUGCAAGUAAACACAAUCCCGAUAAAUCAAAGACAAUAAAAGAGAUGUCAGCAG